AUGGCCUGUCCUGGUUACCGGCCUUUCCUUCUCGUGGGAGCCUUCUUGUCAGUUUUUCAGCCAGCCCUGAGCCAGCCUGAUGCACAGAUGGUCUUCCCAGGCCAAGAAGCUCAACUGAGCUGCACCAUCAAUUCCCAGCAGGCCAGCGUUGAAGACACUGGGGUAUCUUGGUAUCAGCAGCAGCCAGGAGGCUCUCCUCAUUUUCUCUACUACCACUCAAAAGAGGAAGACUAUCGACCGGCUGACAUCCCCGACAGAUUCUCAGCGAUGAUGGACGUGGUCCACAAUGCCUGUGUUCUCACCAUCAGCCCCGUGCUGCCAGAGGACGACGCUGACUACUUCUGUUCCAUUGCCCACUUUGAACCCUAAGCUGGGAUGAAUGUCUUCCGUCUGUCUCCUACGUCUGUCCCCUGACCUUGGGCCUCCUCUUUUUCUCUCAGUCUU